AUGCUGGAAAACUCGAUAAAAGUCGAUGACUACUUCGGAAACGACGACAAUGGGCUUUGGUCGUGGUACUUGAGCAAUUUGAGACGUGGCAACUUCGAGGAACUGAAUAAUAAUGAGUUGAAAGUGGCACUGCUGAAAAGGUUUCUUUACGAACAACUUAUGUCUGCAGCGGUUCCUUUUAAUAAAAAACUGCUGCUAGUUUCCAUACCAGACGAUAUUCACGAAAACACAAACUUAUUGGAGAACUUUUUGAGAGACUACUUUCACUUAGACGAUUUGCAGUAUAUCCAAAUCCGCAAACUAACGCAAGAAAAAUGCUACAAUCACGAAAACCACUACCUUAUCAGUGAUAAUCUUAGCAAUUUCAACGAUAAAUCAUUUCUGGAACUGGGUGCUAAAAACAGAGCCACUCGAAACGAAAUUUUGCCGCGACCCCAAUCCUAUAAUAACCAGUAUAGCAUCAUAAGCGGUGAAACGGGAUUUGAUUCAGUGAAGUCGCCUUCAGAUGUUCCAAGCCCACAGAGGGAGUUACAGCCCUCCACUGUGAUUUUGGAAGAUUCUUGCUUUGACCAAGCGCCUUUUGAAUCCGUCAGAUCUACCACUGUUGAGAAAGCCGAAUCUGUGAAUUCAAGCGAAUGUGACGAUGCCACAGAUAGCAAUCAGUGCGAGAACUACCCUAGUGCCCGCAAUCUCGAGAACGACACGAGCAGUGAGCUUGUCUUACAGUUCAAACACCAUGGCAUUCAUAAUAGACCUCAAAGAAUAGCUCCAGAACUUCUUAAAAACUCUAGAGGCACUCAAACGGCAAACACAUCUUCCACAGGAAUGUCAUCAGUUCGUAGUGCAGACGUUUCUUCCUAUGACGGCGAUGUUUUGACUCAUACAAUAACAAGGGACGAAAUCUCCGCAUCUUCUCUGGCUGAUAACGAAUGCAUAUCAGAAUUGUCGAGUGUUGACCACUCGCUUAGAUCUUUGAGUUACGACUCUGAUUUCUCACAAGGAUCUAGCUCCAUGACUUCCAUCUUUCCUUCGCUGUCUAUCUCCGAAAAGUUCGGUCGAUUCAGGCUGGUCCUGCAAUCUAUUCUUAUACAGCAACCGGAUACUCGGCAGUUAUUCACAGCGGUUAGGCAGUCUAAUAAUGAUCCAAACGUGGCUCAUGUUAAUGACGACUGGCUCCUUUAUGACAACAAGUUUUCUAUGAACAACUUGCAAAUUCUUGCGUUGCACGAUGUAUUAGAACUGAACAAGUUCUUUCCCAAAGUUUUAUUCUACACAUUGGUAAUGAUCCAGGAUGAUGUAGCCAUCGAAGCUCAGGGAUAUCAUCCCAAUGUUUCGCGCUUGUCACCCCAACCAAAUGUCUCUGCCUCAGCAUUAUCUGAUCGUACUUUGAGGCUGGAAUCUACCAUAACGUCCACGAUAACAAAAAUGAACUCCUGCAUGAGUAGUCCAAGCUUUGGCACUUCUCUGUCACCCUUUUGUGGAAUGUCUAAAGAUCCUUAUAUCAACGAACAUGACGAUGAAGACGCGCUAGAGAAUGAUCAAAACCACAGAGCUCAAGACUCACAAAUUUUCCAGCUCUAUGCUGCCACACGUACAAAUUCCAAUAAAUCAACAGCUCAUCGAUCGAUCCGGACCAUUAAGAGCAUAGGUGACUGGGCAUUCCACCACGACUCCACUCCUAAGCAACAUGCCUCUCCCCCACCGUCAUUAUCAGGGAGCGGACAAUCGAACUGUAACGACACUCUUUUGAAAACUCAAUCGAAAUCUUCCAUCAAGAGCGGGCUCUCUAAGACGAUAAGCUCUGCCUCCAUGAGCACCGUUGAGAGAGCUAAAACAAUGCCACUGCCUUCAAUCCUCAAAACCUUCAGCAACUUCGACGAUGAAGCUAUCCAUCUAAGGCAAAAGGUAGCCAAGUUUAAGCGAAAACGGAUGGCAAAGCGCAAAACAACAGAUCCCAAAUGUUCAAUUAUGUAG